GGGUUCACCAUGAAACCCGUCGAGAAAGCCAAGGCAUAUUCGAUGGGAAAUAAAAAAGAAAGGGACAUGUCCUGGCUUCUCAAAGCAUGAGUUCUUUACCAUUUUGCUUUUCCCCCCCUGGCUUGUAGUGACAUACUAUGUUUGGUAUUUCCUCCUGUAUUCCCCAUCGCCGUUAAUAUAUAUAUAUUCGUGGAUCGCUCAACUCAACUCUAAAGAGUACAUCCACGAGCUCACAUUGUAUACAAAUAUUCGUUCCAACCACUACCGAUGAUCAUCUGUCUAAACCGUCAUUGCCAUAUGUGGAUCAACAUCCCAGGACGGAACACCGGAUCAAUAUGUCUCCUAUUGCUGCCGGUGAUUGAGAAAGUGUGAGGAAUUGUGGAGAUUCAUUCAACCGUUAAAAAUCUCAAACAUGCCAAGAUCGACCGUGCUUUCUCCCGAGAAUACUUUACUAGAAUAGGUUCCUGAAGCCGACCCUGCUUUAAUCUCCGAGAUCGCUACUAUUGUACAAAGCGAGGGACGAUCCAUCUCAACAUGAGAGGUGUUGGACACCUUCAACUGGACAACCACCGCGAUAACAGUCUUUGAUUCCUACCCAGCGGAACCAUGCGUUUUUUAUCUACUCUAGCACUUCUCGCCAUAGCAACAGACCGGGUCGUAGCCCUUGAAACCACUGAACUUUUCCACUUUUCGACCUCGGUGGCUAUCGAGAACACCGCUCUCCGGCCCGAUGGCAGCCUUCUUCUCUCCACCUUCGACCAAGGUCGCCUCUACACCCUUAAUCCCUCCGUGCCUAAUGCUGAAGCGGAGCUCGUCGCAGCCCUCCCGGGUGCGACCGCCCUCUGCGGCAUUGCAGCGAUCGACACCAACAAGUUUGCCAUCAUAGGUGGCGUUCGGGGUAACUACAGCUACACCAACGAAACCAUAUACACCGUGGAUUUCGGCACCAACCCUACCAAUCCAACUAUUGAAGUAGUCUCUCGGAUUCCUGAUGCCAUUAUGCUGAAUGGUCUGGCCGCCCUACCAGCAUAUCCGCACGUGGUCAUGGCUGGAGACGCACGGCUCGGAGCUGUAUUCCGCGUCGACACCGACACAGGAAUUGCGGAGAUUGCCUUCAAAGACCCCUUGCUUACCGCACCUUCCAAUGCAUCCACCCCAAUUGGAGUGAACGGGCUGAAGAUGGCCGGCGGUUAUAUGUACUUCACCAACACCGCAAGGGAGAUCUUUGCACGAGUACCUAUUGAUGGGUUCGGGCGAAAGACUGGUGAGAUCGAGGUGAUUGCGGCGCUCAAUAAUGCAGAGUUAUAUAACUGGGACGAUUUCGUGGUUUUGGAAGAUCUUAAUGUGGCGUACCUUGCGCAGCCAGAUAAUGCCGUAGCACAGGUUUCACUGGAUGGAGUGCAAAAUAUUAUUGUUGGAGGAGGAGAUGAUCAUACGACGCUGGCUGGAGUAUUUGAAAUUGGUCGUGUUGAUGACCUAUCUGCAUAG